AUGAGCAUUAGUUAAAAUGAUUUAAAUUUUAUUGAUAGUUUUAGUUCUGAAAAUUGUAGUAAGUAUACUAAAGAAUAAAAAGAAGAUAACUCUCAUUUUACUGAAUAAAUAGAUAAACACAAUUAGAAAUAUCGCAUCAUGUAAUACUAUAAUGAUCAAAAAAAUUGUAAACUUAAGAAAAAGAAAUUAAUUCAAAAAGAUUAAGCUAAAAAUGUUGCUUAUGGGUAUAAAAGAAUAUUAAAAUUAACAACUUUGAACCUUAACGAAAAGCAAUAAUAAUUAGAGAAGUUCAUUUUUUAAGAGAUACCUUCCUAAAAAACAUUUUUUAUUGCUGGAGAUAUUUUAAUAGAAUUGAUAGGAACUAAUGACUUAGAAGCCUGCUCGGUCUUUAAUGAAUUUAGAAAUAUUGUUCAAGUUGAGAAGACUUCUAAUUCAUUAAGUUUUUAGCUUGAAAGUAUUUAACCUUUGUAGCAUAUAACUAGAAUUAUAUAUUAUUUAGAAGGAUCUUAAGAUUAGGAAUUGUAUGAAUUUGCUUAAAAUCUCAAAAAUCAUUAACAAACUAUAUUUUUAAUAAAUGAUUAAAUAGAAAAUCUAAAGUAGAACUAUCUAGUUAAUUCCCAAGAUUAUAAUUCGAUUUUACAGCUUAGAAAACAAUUUAUUGAAGAGGAGAAGAAAAAAUUUAUAUCAGAGAGAGUGUGUAUGGAUGAAUUUUGUUCAGUGGGAACUUUAACUAUUUCUUUUGAGAACAAUUCCUCUACUCUUUCUAGUAUGACAUUUGCCAGGCCGACGAUUGCUUUAGUUGGAGCAGAUGAUGAAGAACUUUCAAAACACUUUUUGAGAAAGGGAUUUAUAAAAUUUUUUAAUCAAAAUGCCCGAAAACGCAUCUUUACCAGUAGUAUGAUGUUUCAGAUGAUACAUGAAUAAGAAUAAGAAGUUUUAAUACCAGAUUUUUAGCUUACAACAAUUGAUGAUAUAAAAAUAUUUUGUGAAUGCAAGAUGAUGUCUAAAAAAAUAUGUUUCCCUCCUCAUUUAAAAUUUAAAGGAGAUGGUAUAAAUUUUAUAAAUGUAUUUGAUCAACUCUUCUACAUAAAAUAUAUGAUAACUCCUUAAAUUUUAUAAUAAGUUAUACAAAUAAGAGCAUAAUACUCAUAUGAAUCUCCAUAAAACUAAUUUUUUCCUAAAAAUUAUUAUUAUAACAAUGAUUUAGAAUUAGAGAACUUAAAUUAUGUAAUGGAAUGUUAAAUCUUUUUAGAAAAGCAUUAUAGGGAUAUGGUAUAACAAUUAUAAAAUGAAAAAAAUCUUAAAGAGUAAUAAUUAUAACAAUAAAUCUUGUUAAAUAAGUAGUAAAAAUAGAUGAAUUUGUAAUAACCAUGCAAAUUUAGAUAUAUUUCAUAAAAUUAAUGA